AUGGACCCACAGAGAAUUAUUGACUUGCAAAGACAAUACCAAAGCUCCAAUAAAAAGUUGUGGUUGAGGGGCAGACAUUCCAAGUUUUUGGUCUUCCCGUUUUAUGCGUUGUUCACUGUUACUACGGCCAUACCAUUAUUCUACACUGGUAGAGCUAUUGCAGGAAUUAAGGACGAGUAA